AUGAUACGUAGGACUUUUAUCACGUUCGUUAUGCUUAGUGGACUUCUAAGUGCGUUCGUCUACACUCUACUCAUCGCCUACAAUACUUCGGUCCUGUUUGUAGGGGGUCGGCAGGUAGCGCUUGUUGGCCCUCCCGUCCUUUCAGCCCAUAAGGACCCUCACUUGUCACCUGAACGACCACAUAUAUUUGAAGCAUUACAAGAUAAAAACCUGGAACUUAUACAGUUACACGAGAAUCAGUCUCCGGAACAACGUAUCCAGCAGGAUAUUAGUUAUUCUAUUAAAUACAAACAGACAGAAAAGCAACAAGAAGGCAAGCACCAAAUGCUCGCAAGUCCACUUGAAAAGCUUCUUGUUAUUCGACACCAUCAUUUGCUUCCAAAACAACGCCAUCAUCGGCGUCAUCUGUUGCGUCGACACCGUCGUCAACAACUACAAGAUGAUCAACAAUUCAUAAUCGCGCCGUCCAAUAUUGCAGACUACAAUGAUCACGAUGUUCAGGCGCUACCUCCAUCACAGUCCUCGUCGUUUUUAUCACCAUUACAAUCAAUACCCAAAUUAUAUUCAUCUUCUCUAGUUCUAAAUCCGUCUAAUCCUUCAUUACAUAAGGAAGCGGAGAUUCUAGCAGAUUACGAGGGGUCACCGCGGACACUUGACAAGGAUAGACCUGUACAAGCGGCCGUGCGUGAUCCGUUGGCCUUACGCGCACACAAGCUACUACAGGAAAAAUCCGUCCCCAAGCAAACAUCAAAACGGCAACUAUCAACCGAACAAAAACAAUUAGAACGCUUACAAGUGAUCCACAACCAUGAACAAAUUACCAGGCUCAACAGUGCAAACCCAAGUGUAUUUUUACAAAAUGGUUCUUACGUCCAGGUUUCUCGAUCUCUAUCCGGUAACACGGACCGGAGAGAAAGAAGCGCCGAAAAACACCUGUCAGAUUCCGGACUUCCAUCAUCAGCAUCGUCGUCUUCAACCUUCACAACGUCAUCGUUAUCCCCAGCAAUACCAUCCUCCCCUUCAUUUGCAUCUUCUUCACAUUUGUCCCCGUCAUUGCCACUGCGGCCGCCGUCAACAUUACUGACGUCGUCUUUGUUGGCUGUGAAAAGGAGUCACAAAGCUGACACUGAGGACAGUGAAGUUAACACUGAUAAAAUCGGCGGUGAGAAAAAUCACCGUGUUGGCGAUGAGACUGAUUCAAGCUACGGUAUUCGUGCUUACGGCCGUCCAGAAGGUGUUGCCUUUCCCAUCCGGCAACGGUUGAAGUUGAAAACUGAACCACUCAAGCCAGAAAAUUUGGUCAACGCACGACACGUAGAAACAUUGGUAGAUAUCAAAUAUGGCAUUCGUGAUUUAGAAGAGACUGUUGUAACGAAUGAUAACAUAGAAAAUUGGUACGGAAAUGUAGAUAAUAAUAAUAAUAAUAAUAGAGCGUGGACGGAUGGUGGAAUUGGUCGUAUUGCUGCUGCUGAUAUUGGUGUCGGAAAUGGAAAUAACGCCGUCAAAGAUUCCGAGGAUGACGUUAACUUCUUCGACGCGGAAAGCAUCAGUGAAGAUGAUAUCGAAGAAGAGGAAGAAGAUGAACUGGGUGAAGAGGAUGUGGUCGUUGAACGAAAUAUGGUCCUCGGGAAAGAGACUGCUGACGGGUUCGGGGCCGAAUCGGUAAGGACACACGUUAUGAGCAAUCUCGGUCAGUCGUUGCGCAACCGGAUUCAUCAGGGAGAUGAAGACGAGGACAAUAUCGGCCGGGGAGAUUCACAAUUUCGCCUGAUGCCGGCCUUACCAAAGUCUUCCAAGAUAGUAACAAUACGCGAAGGAGCUUCCAAGAAGCUACCGCAAGCGAUAAUCAUCGGAGUGAAAAAAGGAGGCACAAGAGCGUUAUUGGAGUUUUUACGUUUGCAUCCGGAUAUCCGGGCGCCUGGACCGGAACCACAUUUCUUUGACAGGCAUUACAACAAAGGAUUGGAAUGGUACAGGUAA